AAAACACAGCAAUAAAUCUGGAUCAGUAAAACAUAUUUAAAAAUGCUACCUUUAAGAUUGCUUUCAAGAUUUUCUCGCACUUGUGCAACUUGGUCAAAAACACAAAAUCAAGUGUUACAAAGGGAAAAAUUAUUGUCCCGAAAGUUUUUUGAUGACUUUCCAAAAUUUUUGCCAAUAUUGCUAGAUGCUUCUUUAUCAAAAACAAAGAUUAUUGAAAACGUAUCAGUAAGAAAUCGUAUCAAAAAGAUAGCUGAAUACAACACUCUUGAGAAAAAACCCGUAGAGGCAGAACUGAUGUUGAUCUCCUAUGAAAUGUUAGAGAAGAAUACUAAUAAAAGUGCGGAGUUUCAACAUCAAGCGUAUGUUAUAGGCUCAGCUCUAGAAAUGAUUCAAUCGUAUUUUAUAAUACUAGACGAUAUGCAGGACGGUGGUAAGAUCAGAUGCAACAAGCCAUGUUGGCAUCUACUUCCUGACGUAGGCAUGACCGCGGUGAACGACGCCAGUUUGUUUAGAAGCUUCAUAACCGAUGUCGUCAGACAAAAUGUACCUGAACCAUUAUUUUCACAAGUUAUGCAUAUUUUUGACACGAUUUACUACACAUUAGAAAUUGGACAACUGAUCGAUGCACAGUUUGUUAAAGCUAGAAACUAUGAUGAUUACACGUUAGAAAAUUUUGACGCGAUGAAUAAAUAUAAAUCCUCAUUCUAUUCGGUGAAAUCACCAAUACUUCUAGCGCUUGCUUUGUGCAACAAAUUGAAUAGCGAGUCUUUUGCUAUUGUUGACGAUUUGGGCACUGAUCUAGGAAUUCUGAUACAAAGUCACAACGAUUUAAUCGAUUACUUGGACGUUGACGAAUCAGUAGCGAGUAAAUCAGGGCAUGACAUUCAGAAUGGCAAAUGUUCUUGGCCAGCUGUUGCCGCUCUAAAGUUAUGCAAUCCCGAGCAAAGGAAAAUCUUCAAUAAAUGCUACGGAAGUUGGGACCCGAAAGACGUUCAGCAAAUAAGAAAGAUAUACGACGAACUAUCGUUAACCGAAGUUUACCGCAAGGAAGAACAAGCUCGUUAUGACAAUUUUCUACGGAAAGUCCACAAUCUACCAAAAGAUUCAACGCCAUCUAUCGAAUUUUUCUUAGAGAUAUUUAAAAAUUUCCGUGGUUAUACUGAAAAUUUACAAAAAUAUAUGCACGAAUGAUAUUGUUGAACUGUUAUAUUGCAAGAAUUAGAUUACUAGGUAUAUUGCUAUUAAAAAGUUAUGUGGGAGUAGUCCUCAAGUAGACUAGAUUUAAGGUGUUUAUCAACAAGCUAAUUUAACGCAUCAACAGUAAUCAAUGCAACAUCAAAUAAUUGUUUAAAGGACGAUUUUAAUAGAAAAGGUAA